AUGUUACGAGAUAUAGAGGCCAGGCAUGCUAAGGAGACCGAGUCGCAGAGGCAGCAGUGGGUUCGUCAACAGGAGGAGGCUCGUAAUAGAGCGGAGGAGUUGAAGGAGGAAGAAAGUUCUAGUGAUGAGGAACCCGAGGAGGAUGCUACGGAUAAGCGUAAAGGAUAUCCCGCGCAUAUGAAGUUGGAUGAUGACGAUGCUAGUGACGAUGAUGACGGCUAUGAUGGUGAGAGGCCUUGCUGGAUGGAUGCUCGUCCAUCGAAUCAAGUGGAUACCAUGACUGACAGCUGUGAAGGGUUAAUGGGCAUGCUACACUGGGAUGCGGACAGGCCAGGAGAUAAGGGAGGAAUUGGUACUGAUGGUUGGGUCAGUUGCUUAUGA